GCAUGUUCACAGGGUGUCACCCCUUCAGACAUGACAUAUUUCACUUAGAAAAGGAGAAAGGGCUUUGGGUGGUGAAGACAGCAACUCAAAGAGAAGGGAAGUCAGGAAAUCAGAAUCUAAAUGCCAUAGAGACUCUUGGAGAAGUUGGAUUAAGGUAUCUGCCCCACGAAGAGUUUUUCUGCUCAAAAAUCUGGCUACAAGUUACAGAGGAAUUAACCAGGUGUCGAGAUUCCAUGGAAAUUAUUCAAGGAAUUGGUUCUCAAUUGGAAAAACAAAAUGACACACUCUAUAAAGAUGAGUUCAGUAAAGACUUCACUCAGAGUUCACAUCUUCAAGUUCAGUGCAGAGACUACACUGGAGGAAAACCCUAUGAAGGGGUGGAGUGUGGGAAGGAUUUCAUAUGGGGCUCUCACCUUCAAAUGAACCAGACAGCCUCCACAGGAGAGAAGCCCUAUAAAUGUGAAAAAUGUGAAAACACCUUCCGUCGGUUUUCAAGUCUUCAAGCCCAUCAGAGAGUCCACAGUAGAGCAAAACUGAAUAAUCAUGAGACGUCACAUACAGGUUUUAGUCAGAGGUCAUAUCUUCAUCAACAUCAAAGAGUCCCCACUGGAGAGAAUCCACUCAGAUUAGAGGAGUGUGGGAGGAACAUCAGAAAAAUCUCACAUUUUCAGGCUCCUCUGAUAGCCCACCCAUUGGAGAAACCCUAUAAAUGUGAGGAAUGUGGGCUGGGCUUCAGUAAGCGCUCCUAUCUCCAUGUCCAUCAGAGAGUUCAUACGGAAAAGAAAGCUUUUCAAUGUGAAGAGUGUGGGAAGGGCUUCAGUUGGCAUUCACGCCUGCAGGCUCAUCAGCGAAUCCACACUGGGGAGAAACCUUACAAAUGUGAUGCAUGUGGCAAGGGCUUCAGUUAUAGCUCACACCUAAACAUCCAUUGUAGAAUCCACACAGGUGAGAAACCGUAUAAGUGUGAGGAGUGUGGGAAAGGCUUCAGUGUGGGUUCCCACCUCCAGGCCCAUCAGAUAAGCCACACGGGAGAGAAACCUUACAAAUGUGAGGAGUGUGGGAAGGGCUUCUGCCGGGCCUCAAAUCUUCUGGACCAUCAGAGAGGCCAUAGUGGUGAGAAACCCUAUCAAUGUGAUGCAUGCGGAAAGGGCUUUAGUCGUAGCUCAGAUUUUAACAUUCAUUUUAGAGUCCAUACAGGAGAGAAACCAUAUAAAUGUGAGGAGUGUGGGAAAGGUUUCAGUCAGGCCUCAAAUCUUCUGGCCCAUCAGAGAGGCCACACUGGAGAAAAACCGUACAAAUGUGGUACAUGUGGUAAGGGCUUCAGCCGGAGUUCAGAUCUUAAUGUUCAUUGUCGAAUCCACACAGGAGAGAAGCCCUAUAAAUGUGAGAAGUGUGGGAAGGCCUUCAGUCAGUUCUCAAGCCUUCAAGUGCAUCAGAGAGUCCACACUGGAGAGAAACCAUAUCAGUGUGCAGAGUGUGGGAAAGGCUUCAGUGUGGGCUCACAGCUGCAGGCCCAUCAGAGGUGCCAUACUGGAGAGAAACCCUACCAGUGUGAGGAGUGUGGGAAAGGCUUCUGUCGGGCCUCGAAUUUUCUGGCUCAUCGUGGAGUCCACACAGGAGAGAAACCAUACCGAUGUGAUGUGUGUGGUAAGCGCUUCAGACAGAGAUCAUACCUUCAAGCCCAUCAGAGGGUUCACACUGGAGAGAAACCAUAUAAGUGUGAGGAGUGUGGUAAGGUCUUCAGUUGGAGCUCAUACCUUCAGGCCCAUCAGAGAGUCCACACAGGGGAAAAACCAUAUAAAUGUGAGGAGUGUGGGAAAGGCUUCAGUUGGAGCUCCAGUCUUACAAUUCAUCAGCGAGUCCAUGCUGGGGAUGAGGGUGACAAGGACUUUGCCUCAGCAGAGAAUACAUACAGCAGAGAAUCUCUAUAAAAUUGCAUGUGUUAAUAUCUCACAUGUGUGCUGAAAUAGUCCUGUCACAGAAAACAAAACAUUUAUUUUCUCCAGAACUCAUAAAGUGUCAUGGUGGUUGGGUGACCACAUAGCAGAGAAGCCUCGUGAGCGUGGAGAAAGAGAACUUAAUUCAGAACCUUGACAUUUAGCAGAUAACUACACGGAUGAGAGGCGUGGGAAGGAUGGGUCCAAUCUGGAGGCAACCAAAAGUACUAAGACAGAAAUGCCCAAAUCUCUUCCACUAGAGUAGAAGCUCCCAGAAGGCAUAGACUUUGUUUACAGCAAGUUCACUCUGCCUCUUCAGUGCCUACCACACUGCAGGUGUAUGGCAAUGUGAAAAAAGUGAAAGGGAGAACAGUCACUUUUGAAUUUUUUAUUCAGUUCCUCUCUAAAAUUUUCUAUAAACUUGUAAACAGAGGAAUUCUCCAAGGCUUGGAGGAUUCGAUUAGACAUUGGGGUCAUCGUCCAAACCCUGCAGGUCUUCUGAACCAGUGCUUAUCAAACUGAAGGUCAUAACCCAAUAAUGGGUACAGAAUCCCCAGGUUGUGUGUGGCCAGCAAUUUUGUAUGCUAACAGUUCCUUAUUGACGUGUAAUUUUCAUGGAAGCACAUGCAUAAAUCUCAAGUUUACAACUUCAUGAAUUUUGACAAAUGUAUCUAUUUGUAUAAUCAUCACCAAAAUCAAUAUAUACCACAUUUCUAUUAAACCUGAAUGUUUCCUUGUGUA